AAAGUAUAAAAGAAAAAGAAAAAAGCAAAAAUAACUUCAAAAUUCUUCUCAACGUCUCCGCGGGGGCUUGAAUUUUACGCUAAUUGCUGACAUAUUCUCCGUUGACGAAUAUAAACGCGGUAGAAGAGGCCUCAUAAAAACGUCAUGGACGUGCAGGGACGUGGCAUUACGCCUCUGAAAUCACUAACCCUCGAUCUUCCCCCAAGCUGUAUCGAGUUUUGUCCAAGCCAUCCGGACUAUUUCGUCGUUGGCACGUAUAACUUACAAAAAGAGGAUAAGGAUGAGACGGGGGCGGAGGCGGAUAUAACCACCGAAGCUGAUGAUGAGCCACAGCAAAUAAAAAAGGCCCAGACUCGGAAUGGCAGUCUUGUUCUCUUCAAACUGUUAAAUAUUGCAGACAUAAAACACGUACAAACCGUUGUAUACCCUUCUGCUAUUCUUGAUCUUCACUUUCAUCCUAGCCGGGAGAAGUCUAGUGUACUGGCUGUCGUUUCCAGUACUGGCACCCUCUCGUUCUUCAAUCUUUCGGUUUCAGAAGGGUCUUCAGCUUCUCUAAACGAAAUUAUCACCCAUAAACCACUUGGUGAUGAUGAAGGAGUUUUGUUUCUGUCGUGCUCGUGGCACCCACAUAUCCCCGAGCUCCUGGCGGUUACAACCUCCAACUACGAAGUCCAUAUCUUGCGCGUGACUGACUUAUGGGACACGUCUAAAACUUGCGAUGGACCUGUGAUAACUCACACUCUCGAGGCUUGGACAGUGGCAUUUUCGUCGUUAACGCCAGCUAGGCCUAUCCCGGACGAGGCAGGUUCUUCGGAAGAAAAUUAUGAGCAGUUUGCAGUGUUCUCCGGAGGCGAUGACUCUAAACUCCUUACGACGAACUGUGCAUACUAUCCAGCUCGUCAUGAUGCUGAAGGGGAUUUAAUAGAGGCUUCUUAUCCACCGAUUGUGUCCAAGGGUCACGGAGCUGGCGUAACCGCUAUACUCCCCCUCAACUUACGCGUUUCAUCACAUGAUUCUAUCGUUGUCACUGGAAGUUAUGACGAUUACAUUAGAGUAUACACGUUUGACGAGCGGAGAGACGGCAUGCCACCUUACAGACCCAAGUUGUUAGCAGAGCAGAACUUACAAGGAGGUGUAUGGAGACUUAAAUUGAUAAGACUGGAAGAGGCCGCAGAAAACACCGAGGAUGAGAAUCAGCCAUGGAAAGUCUUUAUUCUCGCCUCAUGCAUGCACGCGGGAUCACGGGUACUCGAGAUCUCAGGUAGCACAGACCCCGAGGUUUGCGGGAUCAAAGUUCUGGGUCGGGUUGAGGAACACAAGAGUAUGAAUUACGGCAGCGAUUUUCAACCGGGAUCCGAGGUAGGAGAUAGAAAUCUCCGAUGUGUGUCAACAAGCUUUUAUGACAAGUUGUUGUGUUUAUGGGAAUACUAAUAAUCACCUAGGACCUAGGUAGUAUGCUUGAACCCUUCAUAACUAACGGUGAUAUGUGUAUAGUAGUUCUUAAUCAGCUUGGCGACGUAAAGUUACAAAUUAUCUCAACAUUACUAGACCGUAUGGAAUAUUGUAGAUAAUCGCAACUUCUGAGGCUAUGACAUGUUAUCCUUGUAAAACCCAACCCAUCUCUACAUAGGUAGUAAAUAAUUCGGUCCAGUUCAACCUAGGUAGGUUCUGAUGGAGCGUAUAUAUUGUGG